UGCAGGGAAGGCUGAGAGAGGGGGAGGAGUUCAGACUCGCUGUGCAAAUAUAUACAGACCUACUUAUCUAAACUGAUGCCAUGCAGAAAAAAAUCACGGAUGAAGCAAGCGGCUAACAAUGGCUCACUCAAAGAGUCUCCUAGUGCUGGAAAACUUUAUAGGUGGCAAAUUUGUUCCUUGUUCCUCCUACAUAGACUCCUAUAAUCCAUCAACUGGAGAUGUCUAUUGCAGGGUGCCAGAUAGUGGCAAAGCAGAGGUGGAAGCUGCUGUCAAAGCUGCCAAAGAUGCCUUCCCAAUUUGGUCCUCAAAAAGUCCAUUGGAGAGAUCUCAGAUCCUGAACAAAAUGGCAGACCUGAUCGAACAUGACCUGGAAGCAUUUGCACAAGCAGAGUCAAAGGAUCAGGGAAAAACUAUUACAUUUGCUAGAACAGUGGACAUCCCUCGGGCCGUGUACAACUUCAGAUUCUUUGCCUCUUCCAUCCUUCAUCAUGUGACAGAAUGCACUGAGAUGUCAACCAUAGGCUGUGUGCAUUACACCUCGAGGACACCUGUGGGAGUUGCUGGUUUAAUCAGUCCUUGGAAUUUGCCACUGUAUUUGUUGACCUGGAAAAUAGCUCCUGCCAUUGCAUGUGGAAAUACUGUGGUUGCCAAGCCAAGUGAGAUGACAUCUGUCACAGCCUGGAUGAUGUGCAAACUCUUGGAGAAAGCAGGGGUGCCUCACGGGGUGGUGAAUGUGGUAUUUGGAACGGGCGCCAAGGCAGGAGAAGCCCUUGUCUGCCACCCUGACGUGCCUCUGAUCUCCUUCACGGGAAGCACGCUGACGGCCCAGCGGAUCAUGGAGAGAAGUGCUCCGCACUGCAAACGGCUUUCGCUGGAACUGGGAGGCAAAAACCCCGCAAUUGUCUUCAAUGAUGCCGACUUGAGCCAGUGCAUCCCCACAACCCUGAGGUCCAGCUUUGCCAACCAGGGUGAGAUCUGUCUCUGUACAUCCAGAAUCUUUGUUCAGAGGGGCAUAUACAGUGAGUUUUUGAAGAGGUUUGUGGCAGAGGCUAAGAAGUGGAAGGCUGGCAACCCCUCAGAUCCUACAGUCGACAUAGGAGCGCUAAUAAGUAAAGAACAUCUAGAAAAGGUAAGGAACUAUGUGAAGAAAGCCCAGGCUGAAGGAGCCAGAGUCCUCUGCGGAGAGGGAGUGGAUUCCUUGGCUCUCCCAGCUGGCAACCAGAAAGGCUAUUUCAUGUUGCCCACGGUUAUUGCUGAAGUCAAGGAUGAAUCUUGUUGCAUGCAAGAGGAGAUCUUUGGUCCUGUGACAUGCGUGGUAGCAUUUGACACAGAAGAAGAAGUGAUCAAAAGAGCCAACAGCGUGAAAUAUGGCUUGGCAGCCACUGUGUGGUCCAGCAACGUGGGACGCGUUCACCGGGUGGCACGAAGACUGCAGUCUGGAUUGGUGUGGACCAACUGCUGGCUUAUUAGAGAUCUGAACUUGCCAUUUGGUGGGAUGAAAGCCUCAGGCAUAGGAAGGGAGGGAGCAAAGGACUCCUAUGAGUUCUUCACUGAGGUCAAAACCAUCACAAUAAAGCACUGACAUACGUCAAUGGAAGUAUUCUGGAGUAAAAUAAAUGGCAGUAAUUUGUGUUACCAAAAGUGGCUUUCUAGAACACAGGUUGCUAUUGUGGCCAUCUUUUUCUUGAACUUUGGUCAAGUAAUACUGAUGACAGCUGAAAAGAGUCAUCCCCAAGGCUAAUGUUGAAUGCAGCCUUUCAUCUUGCAUAGGAAGAUCAGUGUGGACUCCACAAUCAACCCAUCCUAAGCCAGAUGACUUGCUUCUCUCACGGAUCCUAAAGCUUUUUUAGUAUUCCUGUCUCAAAAAUCUCUCCCUCUAAGGCAGACUGGAGAAAGGAUGAUAUAUGACUGUACCUGCAGUGGGUGAAUUACCUUGAUGGACAAAGCGGCAAGCACAUUGUGAGGCUGAUACUGUAAUGGAAAUCAGGCUGUUGCCACUAUGAACAGUAUGGUCCACAUACCAAUCCAUAUUGCACUUCACUGAUACCAGACUGCUGCAGCAUGCUAAAAGCCUGAGGCAGUACUUUUAAUCUACUAUGUGGUGUUAAACCAUGGGGUCGUGAAAUUCUCGUGAUACACGGAGACAAUAAAAAUUUUAAUUAUAACCUGCUUUAUGGUAUGCAGCUGAAUCAUCCUGAGACUUGUUCUCUUAGCUAUUUUCAAAUUACCGCUUUUUGUCACUUCUAGGCCUCACUGAUGGUGUUUUUCACAUCCCCGCACAAAGAUUUGGCUCCAUCAGACAGUGUUAUUCUUCAUUACUAAAGACUGGAAGUGACUCCUAGGAGAGCUGACUGUUGGAAAUGUUUGUCACCAAGAUGUAAAAACACUGGUGACCUUUCCUCAUUUGUUUACAACGGGAGUUUUUUUAAUCCGAUAUCUCACAAACUUGUUUGCAUUCUGCAGAAACAGAAAUAAAGUUGGAUACAUGUUUCCCCCCUGA